AAAAAUUGUUGUAAAAUGAUGAUGUAAUAAAUCUCAUUUGUAAUAAAAUAAUAAAUAGUAUUAAAUUUGAAAAGAAAAAAAGAAAAAGAAAAAUUUAGACGCCUCUCUUCCCACUAGGGAGUUAGGUUUAUCGUCUUCUUCCAGCUUUCUCCCUCUCCCUCAGAGAACGAUUUAACUGUAGGGUUUAGGGUUUUACAGCGAAAUGACUUCUGAGUCAUAGCUAGUGAAUGCGUAGUUCCAUUGCGAAAAGGUUCCUUCUUCUUCCUCUUCAUAAACAUCGCCUGCAUACAGGAGCUCCUCCCUCCACUAGACUCUGCGCUUCACGAGCUUUCUCCAAUCACCGACAAACUCUGAGAACCGAUCUCAACAAUCUCCACAAUCUCAACGAAGCUCUCGAUCUAUUCACUCGAAUGUCUCUCUCCCGCCCCCUCCCUUCCCUCGGCGAUUUCACCAGACUCCUCACCGCAAUCGCCGCAAUGGAGGACGACGAAGAAGACAGAAACGACGUCGUGAUCUCCCUCUUCGACCAAAUGCGAAACCUCGGAGUCUCCCCUCUUCUCUACACCUGCAACAUCGUAAUCAACUCUCUAUCCAAAUCCUCUCUCCCUCACCACACUCCCUUCGCCUUUCUCGGCAAAAUGACCAAGCUCGGGUUCGAACCCGACGUCUUCACCUUCACUUCUCUCCUCACCGGCCUCUGUUACAGGAACAGACUCGACGAUGCAGUAGCUUUGUUUGUUAAGAUGGUGGAGAUCGGGUGUUGUUGUAAGCCUAACGUCGUUACCUACACCACUCUGAUCCACUGCCUUUGCAAGAACAGACACGUGGAUCACGCGCUUGACCUUUUUAACCAGAUGGAAACUAACGGUGUUAGAGCGAAUGUUGUUACUUUUAACGCUUUAGUAACAGGACUUUGCGAUUGUGGUAGAUGGGGAGACUUAGCUCUGCUUCUGAGAGAGAUGAUUGAGAGGAGAGUUAGACCGAACGUGGUCACUUUCACUGCGUUGAUCGACGCGUUUGCGAAAGCUGGGAAGGUUUUAGAUGCUGUGGAACUGUUCCAGGGGAUGUCUGUAGAACCUAAUGUGGUCACUUACAACUCGCUAAUCAACGGGUUUUGCAAGCACGGUCGGUUAGAUGAGGGUAUGAAGAUGUUGGAUUUGAUGGAGAGGAAGGGCUGUGUCCCGGAUAUGGUGACUUAUACUACUCUCAUACAUGGAUUCUGCAAGUCCAAGAGGGUAGAGGACGGCGUGAGGCUCUUUAACGAGAUGUCUCUGAAAGGAUUAGCUGCCAACACGGUCACUUACACGGUCUUUAUCCAGGGUUAUUGUCUAGUGGGCAAACCCGAUGUUGCGCAAGAAGUGUUUAACCAGAUGGGUUCUUCUCGCGAUAUCAGGACCUACAACGUUCUGCUAGAUGGGCUGUGUUGUAACGGGAAGGUGGAGAAGGCGUUGAUGAUAUUUGAGGAGAUGCGGGAGAGAGAAAUGGAUGUUAGUAUUGUUACGUAUACUAUUGUUAUUCAAGGGAUGUGCAAGGUUGGUAAGGUGGAAGAUGCUUUUGAUUUGUUUUGUAGCCUUUUCUCCAAGGGGAUGAGGCCUAAUGUUGUGACGUACACUGCAAUGAUAACGGGGUUUUGUAGGCGAGGGCUAAUUCAUGAAGCUGAUGCGUUGUUUAGGAAAAUGAAAGAAGAUGGGUUCUUACCAAAUGAGCGUGUGUCUUGAGUAGGUGACAUCGGGAGUUGAACUCAUGAGGAGUUAGAGAUACUUUGAUGCUUUUGAUCUCAAGCAUAUGUGAUGGUACAGUUGCAGUUUGGGGAGAGGACACACAGCUAAUAGCAUAUUACAGGUGCAAUUAAGAUUUUGCCAUACCUUCGUCAGCUACAUGAGUUCUGUAAUGAUUCAUGUACAAGGAGAUGGCAUCUGGACAGUUUUUUUUUUUCCCUUGAAGACUGGUAAUUUCUAUCUUUAAGAUUAUGCAUUGAAGCAGACUUGUACAUUGGAGUAUUGAAGUGGAAUAGUAUUCUUAAGAAAUAUAAUCAAUUUAUAGAUAGAUAGUCUGAGAAUGUAUGUGUGUAGGACAUGUAAAGAUUGGUCAAGAAGCUUGUUGAGCUUUGUGUCUUAUGAAUCUCUACUUGUGUAAAGGGAUCUAGAUUUUGUGAAGAAAUUAUCUGAUUUAAACCAAAAAAAACCCGGUUUGAUCCCAAUUUCUUAAUAAUGUGGCUUUAAUAUGCUAAGAAA